GGCGGAACAGGCAGCCAGCAGACCAUUCUCCAUGAGGAGCAGUGGAAGAUGCCGGCUCUGCCAGCUCUGCUGCUGUCGAUUUAUGUCGUCAUCCUGCUGCUGACUAUGGCACCUCUCUCCUUCAGCCAGGUCAACACCCUCUCUGCCGUCCGGAUGGCGGCCAUUUUGGAUGACCAGUCUUCAUGUGGCCGAGGCGAACGUUUGGCGCUGGCCCUGGCGAGGGAGAACAUAAACAAUCAGAGGGGAGGUUCCACCCAAGCCAAGGUGGAGGUAGAUGUCUACGAGCUCCAGAAGGACUCCCAGUACGACACCACAGACACCAUGUGUCAGAUCCUUCCAAAGGGUGUGGUUGCAGUCAUUGGUCCUGCCUCAAGCCCAGCAUCCGGAUCAACUAUCAGUCACAUCUGUGGGGAAAAGGAAAUCCCUCAUGUGAAGAUCGGCCCCGAAGAAACCCCAAAGCUGCCGUACCUUCGCUUUGCCUCGGUGACGCUCUACCCGAGUAAUGAGGACCUGAGCCUGGCCAUUGGAUCCAUCCUGCGCUCCUUCGGCUACCCUACAGCGAGCCUCAUCUGUGCCAAAGCAGAGUGCCUGCUGCGAUUAGAGGAGCUGGUUCGACACUUCCUCAUCUCCAGGGAGACGCUGUCUGUGCGGAUGCUUGACGACAGUCUGGAUCCCACCCCCUUGCUAAAGGAGAUCCGCGAUGAUAAAGUGGCGACUAUCAUCAUCGACGCCAACGCCUCCAUCUCCUACCACAUUCUCAGAAAGGCAAACGAGCUUGGGAUGACAUCGGCCUUCUAUAAGUACAUCCUCACCACCAUGGAUUUCCCUCUGCUCCGGCUGGAUGACGUAGUGGAUGACCAGUCCAACAUCCUGGGCUUCUCCAUGCUGAACAGGAGCCACCCCUUUUACUUGGAGUUCAUCAGGAGCCUCAACCUGUCCUGGAGGGAAGGCUGUGAUGUCAGCCCAUACCCAGGCCCAGCGCUGUCAUCAGCCCUGAUGUUCGACGCCGUGCACGUGGUGGUAGGCGCUGUGCAGGAGCUGAACCGCAGUCAGGAGAUUGGAGUGAAGCCGCUGAGCUGCACCUCCCCGCUCAUCUGGCAGCAUGGAACCAGCCUCAUGAACUACCUACGCAUGGUGGAGUACGAUGGCCUGACGGGUCACAUUGAGUUCAACAGCAAAGGACAGAGGACCAAUUACACCCUGAAAAUCCUGGAGAAACACCCUGCAGGCCAUAAAGAGAUUGGAACUUGGUAUUCCAACAACACAUUGGCCAUGAACUCCACUUCUCUGGACCUCAAUGCAUCAGAGACACUUGCUAACAAGACCUUAAUCGUCACCACAAUCCUGGAAAACCCUUACGUGAUGCGCAAGUCCAACUACCAAGACUUCCAGGGUAACGAUCAAUACGAGGGUUUCUGUGUCGACAUGUUGCGAGAGCUGGCGGACAGCCUGAAGUUCUCCUUUAAGAUCAAGCUGGUUGAUGACGGCCUGUACGGAGCCCCCGAGCCCAACGGCAGCUGGACGGGCAUGGUGGGAGAGCUAAUCAACAGGAAAGCAGACCUGGCUGUUGCAGGCUUCACCAUCACCUCUGAGAGGGAGAAGGUCAUUGAUUUCUCCAAACCUUUCAUGACUCUGGGGAUCAGCAUUCUGUACCGGGUCCAUCUGGGUCGUAAACCAGGUUACUUCUCCUUCCUGGACCCGUUCUCUCCAGCUGUCUGGCUCUUCAUGCUUUUGGCAUACCUCGCCGUCAGCUGCGUCCUCUUCCUCGCAGCCAGGCUUAGUCCUUAUGAGUGGUACAACCCUCACCCAUGUUUGCGGGAGCGGCGGGACAUCCUGGAGAACCAGUACACUCUGGGUAACAGCCUGUGGUUUCCUGUCGGUGGCUUCAUGCAGCAGGGCUCAGAGAUCAUGCCACGGGCGCUGUCCACUCGCUGCGUCAGCGGAGUCUGGUGGGCGUUCACGCUCAUCAUCAUCUCGUCCUACACGGCCAACCUGGCAGCGUUUCUCACCGUGCAGAGGAUGGAAGUGCCCAUUGAGUCUCCGGAUGACCUGGCAGACCAGACCAACAUUCAGUACGGCACCAUCCACGGCGGAUCCACAAUGACCUUCUUCAUGAACUCGCGGUACCAGACAUACCAGCGGAUGUGGAACUACAUGUACUCCAAACAGCCCAGUGUGUUUGUAAAGAGCACAGAGGAAGGCAUCGCCCGUGUCCUCAACUCCAAAUACGCCUUCUUGAUGGAGAGCACCAUGAACGAGUACUACCGCAGUCUAAACUGCAACCUCACACAGAUCGGAGGUCUGCUGGACACAAAGGGAUAUGGCAUUGGCAUGCCUCUGGGCUCUCCGUACAGAGAUGAGAUCACUCUAGGGAUCUUACAGCUGCAGGAGAGCAACAGAUUGGAGAUCCUGAAGAGACGCUGGUGGGAGGGAGGACAGUGUCUCAAAGAGGAGGACCACCGAGCAAAAGGUCUCGGGAUGGAGAACAUUGGAGGAAUUUUUGUGGUCCUUAUUUGCGGCCUCAUCAUUGCCGUCUUCGUGGCCAUCAUGGAGUUUGUGUGGUCGACGCGCCGCACUGCAGAGACAGACGAGGUCUCUGUUUGUCAGGAGAUGCUCACGGAGUUUCGAAACGCCGUCUCCUGUAAGAAGACUUCCCGCUCUCGUCGGCGCCGGCCCCUCAGCAGUACCGGCGGUGGAGUUUUACGCCACCCGCCCCGCCUGGCUCUGGCCGGCCCCCGCCCCAUCCGCCUGGUCCGAGAGAUGCGCCUCAGCAACGGGAAACUCUACAGCGGCGCUGGGCAAAUGACCGGCGGUCUGGCAGGGCUCGGGGGCGGAAUGGGGGGAGGACCUGAUUUAGGCCCCGGCCCACAGCGGCUUCUGGAGGACCCACUGGGAGCCAACAUCCCCACCAGCGCCCCUGCCCCACCUCUCGCCUCAGCCCUGGUGGCUCCGCCCGCCCCCCCACGCAGCUUCUUUCAGAGCUGCAGCCACGUGCGCAUCUGCCAGGAAUGCCGGAGGAUCCAGAACCUGCGGCCCGCCACACUCACCCCUCCCCCACCUCCUCCCCCUUCCUCAUCCUCCUCUGCAUCGUCCUGCUCCCGAGCUCCGCCCUCGGUGGCCACUCCAGGACACCACCACCGUCACAAUCCGCACCACGUUCACUACCACCACGGCUCUAUGUCGCUGCCCCGCCUCCCCCCACCCCCUCCACCGGUCCCAACAGACAGACCCGACAGUGACGGAGGCACAGCAAGUCCACUGAGGUCCAAAAACAAACCAGCACCACCGCCCAGGCCACUGCCUCCAGCAAAAACCCCAACACACCCGCCGACGGACUUACUCGGGGGACAUGACUGA